UAAACCGUUAGAAUGGAUAUUUGAAAAAAAUAUUAUAAAUUUUAGUGCAAAGUGCACACAAUUCAGCAUAAAUCACAAAAAUGGAACCAAAAAUCUAAAAAAAUUAAAUUGAAUUCGUCGACCAAAAACCGCCAUUUGAUUGGCCCAGUGUGCCAACUGUUCCGUGCUCUAUAUACCUUGGUGCUGCUGGUAGAUGUCAAAACUAUCAACGCCAUUUUAAGAAUAAGGAAAAACAUCAAUAAGAAGAAGUGUUUACACGUCAGUCGGUCGGUGUCCGGUUGCUUCGAUAUUUUCAGUAAAAAAAACCGUGAUAGUAGUGAAAAAAACCACUUUCUGGACAUCUUUAGCUCGAUCCUUUCGGGUCAGGCUCAUCGGCGCAGAGGCGGAAGUGACGGAAGACUGAUCACGACAAAGUUACCGGCGACACGGCUACGUGUGCAGAACAACCCCUUCUUGUUUAGCCUGCGUGUAUAUUUUGUGUCAUCCCAUCCCAUCAUCUGCGGCAGGUCGCCUUCUUCUGUGUGUGUGCUGCAGUUGAACCGACCAUUCUCGGGAAACUCUUUGCCGUAGAACCGACAACAAAUUGCUACGAGAGUGUGGUAGACACAAUCCAACUAGUUUAAGGAAACAGACGAGGGAAACCCCUCCCUUCCCGUGCAUUUGACCAAAGGCCGGACAAAUUUCGUCACACAUCCAGAACCCCGCAACACAGGAGUGGAGUAAUUUGCGAAAAUGAAUAUUUUCAGAUUGGCUGGCGAUUUAUCGCAUCUGCUUGCAAUCAUUCUACUUCUGAUAAAGAUAUGGAAAACCAGAUCAUGCGCUGGCAUUUCCGGCAAAUCGCAAAUUCUGUUCGCUAUCGUCUAUAUUAGUCGCUACCUGGAUCUGGUAACCACGUUCAUCAGCGUAUACAACACCUUCAUGAAGCUGGUUUUCAUCAGCACCUCGGUGGCCACGAUCUAUCUGAUGUACGUCAAGUUUAAAGCGACCUACGACCACAACCACGAUUCGUUCCGCAUCGAGUUCCUGCUGGUACCGUGCUUCCUGUUGGCUCUGCUGAUCAAUAACGCCUUCACCCCGCUGGAGAUUCUGUGGACGUUCUCCAUCUAUCUGGAAGCGGUUGCCAUACUGCCCCAGCUGUUCUUGGUCAGCAAAACAGGCGAAGCGGAAAGCAUCACCAGCCACUACUUGUUCGCCCUGGGCUCAUACCGCGCGCUGUACUUGCUGAACUGGAUCUACCGAUAUUACGCCGAGGGCCACUACGAUCUGAUUGCCAUCUUUGCCGGCGCGAUCCAGACGAUCCUGUACUGUGACUUCUUCUAUCUCUACAUAACGAAGGUCCUUAAAGGCAAAAAGCUACAACUUCCGGCGUAAGUGGCUUCGGGUGAACAGUAGCAGCGAGGCAAUCGAUGUUAAACAAUCGAACGGAUUAAUUGAAGAGCAAUUCCUCCUGGCCUGGGUUGAAGCCGCAGCAACGACAUCAAACAAUACAUUUACAAUUGAACUUGCAUCUUGGCCGUGAUUGUGUUGCGACCGAACAUUAACACAACAACAAAAAACGGGAAGAGAGAAAGGGCAGAACAAGUGCGCGCCAGUGAAUUUAGUUGUGGUUAGGAAAAAGAUAAGAGCCACACCAACCAAUGCAGACACAACAAAGCAGUACAAUGUGAGGUCUUCGGAGGAGGGACACUGCGGACAGCUGCGCGACUUUAAUUUUAUUUCUACAUCCCCUGCUAACCAUUCUUACUAUUCCGUUAUGUGGCGAGCUAAACUCUUCCUGCUACUUGUGUAUUUGUGUAUUUCUAGGCUUAGAUGAGGAAAUGUUAAGAUGGAAUAAUGCUAAAGAUUGCAUACGAUAUGUAGGAAGAAAGUAAAACCUUAACAUACUAUUAGCACAGUUUAGCAUGCAAGAGAUACAUUCAAUAAAUAAUGGAAAACUGAACACAUCA